AUGGAAGGCAAACAGCAGACCCUGUACCCCAACCCCGGCCAACAGCAGGUGCCACCGCCCCAGUACUGCGAGGGCAAAGGUGUCGCCCCCUACACCCACCCCCACCCCUACCCUUACCCUUACCCUUACCCCGGGGGGGACCAGCAGCAGCUAUAUGGCCCCCAGUACCCCCUCUUGGACGGGGCUCGGUACCCCGGCGCCUCCCAGCCGAUGCAGCCGCCCCUGUACCCGCAUGCGGAUGGGCGGCAGGCGGUGUGCAGCCCCGGCGCCGCCCAACCCGCGGCAGUGCCCCGGGUCCCCGCGGGCGUCGGUGACCCUCCGCCGCUCCGCGAUCACGUCCUCUGGUCCGUGUUCAACACCGUCUAUCUGGACUGUUGCCUCCUUGGAUUCAUCGCCCUGGUCUACUCCGUCAAGGCAAGAGAUCGAAUUGUGAUCCGUGACACAGAGGGAGCUAGAAGUUACUCCACUAUUGCCAAGCGCCUGAAUAUCGCAGCCACCGUCCUAACAUUAGUGUUCUAUGUAAUUAUAAUUAUUUGGACCAUAAGAAACAGAUAUUAGCACCAAAGAGCAGGAGAAGAAUCCAAAGAAAAUUGCACCAUGUAAUCUGCCAACGUAUACCAGGUGUAUUUACACAACACCGAUUCCAGUAGAUCUACUUCAAAGCUUUUUGUUGCACUUGCUGACUUGAUUGUGUGUCUGCUUCAUGACAAUAAUAUGUUUUAUUCCGCACGAGGACACCUGAUAGUAGGUUCCAUCAGAAUAGGUUAAAAACCUGCAAAUAUAUUUUUAUGUCGAUCUUUCAAUGCGCAUAUUUUACAUUCUAUAUAUAUAUUAUAUAGAUGGGGGUCUAACUUGUGGUAUUUCCUAAUAGGAUUCUUUAAUUAAGAGUCAAAACGAUGGAUACUCUCUCCUCCCUCCCAACAUGAUCCAUUUUCCACAGCAGCGGAUUCCUUAGAUUCCUUAUUAAGAAAUUCCUAGAGUUUGACCUCACCCACAUAUACUCUGGAAUGCUGAAUAAUUUGAGCUGAGUAUUAUUAAAUGCAAGUUUUUUUUAUAUUCCAAUCUCAGCAUUUAUCAUGGUGCUCCGUGUGUUUUAGAGAACGGUAUUUUGUAUUUCUCACACAACAACAGAUCUAUUCCUGACUGAAUUAUCUCCAUUAUAUUAUAUACCCGUUCUAUAUAAAAGUGCCUUUCACAUCCCGACAAUCUCAUGUAAAGUGGAUUCUUUAUAUAUUCACUCUUUCGUCUCAGAAAAAACAACAUAUUGUGUAGACAUAGUAUUUUGUAUUAACAACACCACCAACAACAAAUUACACUUGUAUAGCACCCUUCAUGUCAGAAAGACAUCCCAGGGUGCUUGACAAUCAGGGGUUUUGGACUUGAGCUGGGAGUUGGGGUCAGGAGGGGUGUAGGGAGAGUGGCGGAGGAAGGGUGGGUGAAGGCAUUAAUAAUACGUGACAUUUUACUUUUAUUUGGGGAUUUGAAGUCUCAAGUCUAAAUGUUCCAAUGUGUGGAGAUGAUCCAUGAGCAGGGGUGACAUGGCUAUAUGGGAAAUGGGGAUAUCUCCUGAGUGCCCCAGGGAAUGGUUCCCAAGGUUUCCAAAUACUGGCUCCUGGUACCUUCCACCCCAGAGCCCAACAUCCAGUUGAGAUACAGCUUUGAUCUGCCAAUCAUUGCCCAAAGCCAACUCUCCCUGAUGAGUGAUAGCCGCAAUAGCCGAUCGUCUCCUAUCCCGCCCACUUGUUUAAGUACUGACAAAGUUAUCAAGCGCUUGGAUAUCCUGAAUCAGCGUCCUUGAAAAUCCCAGCCAUAAGCCAAACUCGUGUCCUUCCAUUGCUCAGAAUCAUAACUACCCCAGACUGUGAACUGCACGUAACUGAGGCUUAUAUCUGCUCAUCGUAUAGACAACCACGCCUACAAUAUUCAUAGAUAAGACAAAAGCAGUGUGAUUAGUACUUUAUUUCUGAUUUUGCAAAUUUGCCUAAGGUGUGUACAUCGCACCAGAACUUCUUUUGACUAGUGUUUCCUAAAUGGAAUGGCUUUAACGCUUUCUGUCCAGUGUUGCGAACCAAAAGUGAUUAAAGAUUGAUUUUGCUUUUGAGGAA